AUGAGUAGAGAUGAAUCUGAGUUAAUCAAGAGAAUUGUGGAAGCAACAUUGAGCAAACUGAAUCGCACGCCUCUUUAUGUUGCCAAAUAUCCAGUUGGCAUAGAUGCCUGUGUACAGUAUUUGGGUUCAUUAGCAAAUGUAGAAGCAAAUGAUGUCGGAGUGAUAGGGAUUCAUGGAACUGGUGGUAUAGGCAAGACAACUGUUCCUAAAGCUCUUUGCAACAAUUUUGCUGAUGAUUUUGAAGGUUCUAGCUUCCUUGCGAACGUUAGGGAAACAUCACAGCAAUAUUAUGGUUUGGUUCAGUUACAGGAAACACUUCUGUUUGACAUGUUGGGGGAUCAAAAUUUAAAAGUUGGGAGUACACAUAGACGUAUCAACAUCAUAAGGGAGAGACUUUGUCACAAAAGUGUACUUCUAAUUCUUGAUAAUGUCGAUCAAUUAGACCAGUUGGAGACAUUGGCUGGAGGGCAGGAUUGGUUUGGCCCAGGGAGUAGAGUUAUCAUAACAGCUAAAAUGAGCACUUCUUAACCACUUAUGGAGUUGAUAGAACCUAUGAGGUUAAGGGACUUAAGCACUAUGAAGCUCUUGAACUUCUUAGCUGGAAUGCUUUUAAAGAGAACAAGCCAGCAGAAGGUUACCAUGAAAUCUCACAGCGUGUUGUAGAA